AAAAAGAAGAAGAAGCUGUUCCGGUUGCGUUUUCAGUCCGUCCUGGCGGUGCCCCCCCCCCCCCCCAUCCCAAAACAAAAAGGCCGACGACGGUCAUUUGCCACGAAACUUCUGCUCUGUGUGUUUUCUUUUCUCCGUUCCAAAAUGUCCCAUGUUUAGUUUCUAACAGCCUCAGUGUGACGUUGGCGAGCGCAUCGCCAAACUUCCAUGAAAAUAGACGCAAUUCAAGAACAUGCGGACGUCGACGGACACACGCCUCUUUUAGGAAAUGACUCGUAGUGCAUUUCAAACAUAUAUGCUCUAGACUACAAUUCGGUGUCGUCGUAGCCAGCGGCACGCGACUCUUGGCAUUUGAAAAGCUCCACUUUGGAGUUGGGAAGGGCUUCUGUCGCACGGUCCUCACAGGGCGGAAGUCAGCCUUCCUGAACGAAUGCAAAAGUCGUUUUAUUAUCCUUAACAGGCUUUUCUAGUGGCUCACGUCGACGCCGAAUUUCUCCAAACGCCAACAAAGAGGAGAACGUUAGGCGCUGAACGCGGGACACCGCAUAAUGGCGCCCCAAACGUCGCUCGGCCGCCAUUGUUGGCUUUUGCUUUGGGAGUUUGGAGCGAGUGUUCCGGCCGGGCUUGCGUGUCACCGCUCGGGGCGACGCGACGGCGGAAGGCGGAAGGCCAAGUUCAACUUCCUCCCGGCGGAGCGCGCGCGCGUCAGCAGAAAAUGGCCGCAGUCGGGCAGAGUGCGGCCGACGGAGGGCUUCGGGUCCCGGCCGGCGGCCGCACGAAGAGCCGCUGCGGCGCCAGCCCGGAUUCGCAAAGACGAGUUCCACCCGUUCAUCGAGGCGCUGCUGCCGCACGUGCGCGCCUUCGCCUACACGUGGUUCAACCUGCAGGCCAGGAAGAGGAAGUACUUCAAGAAGCACGAGAAGAGGAUGACCAAAGAAGAAGAGAGGGCGGUCAAGGAAGAACUCCUCGGUGAGAAGGCAGAGGUGAAGCAGAAGUGGGCGAGUCGCCUUCUGGCCAAACUGCGCAAGGACAUCCGACCGGAAUGCCGAGAAGACUUCGUCAUGUCCGUCACGGGCAAGAAGGCGGCCUGCUGCGUCCUGUCCAAUCCCGACCAGAAAGGGAAGAUGCGACGCAUCGACUGCCUCCGACAGGCGGACAAGGUGUGGAGGCUGGACUUGGUGAUGGUGAUCCUGUUCAAGGGGAUCCCCCUGGAGAGCACCGACGGCGAGCGCCUGGUCAAAGGCGGCCGCUGCGCCAACCCGCUGCUGUGCGUGCAGCCCCGACACAUCUCCGUCUCCGUCAAGGAGCUCGACCUCUACCUGGCCUACUACGUGCACCGCAGAGAGGCCGAGGAGGGCAGCAGUCCCGGUCGGACGGCGACGGCGUCCGAUCAGGAGGACGGUCGCGCCGCCGCCAUGGAUGGUCCGGAGUUCCACGACGCCUUCGUGACGUCGGGGGUUUUCAGCGUCACUGAGCUGGUGCAGGUGUCGAGAACGCCCGUCGUCUCAGGGGCGGGAGCGAGUUUCUCCGGCGGGGAGCUCCAAGGCCACCUGGCCUACGAUCUCAACCGGGCGCUCCCUCGGCCCGUCAACAUGCGACGCGCACUCGCCAGCGCCUCGUCCGGCGGGGGUAAGCGGCACAAGUCCGGCUCCGUGGAGGAGGAGGCGGCGCGCAGUCCGGGAGGAGAAUAUUACCACUCGCCGUCCUCUCCGGCCAGCGGCUCCAGAAACUGGACGGACGACGCCGAAGGAGGUGCGUCUCCUCCGGUGAAGAAGGCCGAGCCGGACGGUCCUUCGGCCCGGGAGGACUCGCCCGGACCGGGAUCCUUCGCUCGGCACCAUCGGCCCGUCAUCGCGGUGCACAGCGGUCUGCCCCGUCCUCACCCGUCGCCGUCUUUGCACUUCCCGUCGUCGUCCUACUUCCCGCACGGAGCGAUCCGCUACCCUCCUCAUCUGGGCCAGGACCCCUUCAAGGACCUGGUCACCUUGGCCUGCGACCCCGCCAAUCAGAGCUCGGUGAGCGUUCUUUCUUCUUCUUUCUUUUUCGUUCUUCUUCUUGCUUCUCCCGAGUCAUUUGAGACUUUGUGUUUCCAGCUGAACGGCAGCAACCAGCUGAAAGCGAGCAGCCAUUACCUCUCGUCUCAGAUGCCGGGCCCCGCCCUGGGGCCGCCCCGACCCACCCUGAGCGCAGACGUCAAGCCCCCCAGCGCUUCCUCCGAGGGGGCGGCAAACUCCCCCACCUCGCCCACGUACUCGGCCCCCGCGACGCCCGGGACCCCCCCUGCCAGUCGCCCCUCCUUUGUUGGCGUCGCGCCUCGAGACUCCGCCGGACUCUACCAAGCGCAGUCUUGGUAUCUGGGCAACUGAAACACUACAUGAUCUCUUCUAUGUGUGCUCACACCAGUAUAUAACUGUACACUGUCUAUAAACAGUAUUCAUUUCAUAUAUAUAUAUAUAUAUAUAUAUAUAUAUAUAUAUAGUAAAUGUACAGUAUAUAUGGCGUAGUUAUAUAUGGGUAUGGGCACACGGUGGGCCACAUGGACUCAAAAACGGCUCUCAAGAUUUGUGGCUGGAAGAAUUUCCCGGGAAGGAUGUCAAAGAAGCCUUUAACCCCGCCCCCCCGCAGGUGCUGCUCAUCACAUAUGCAAAUACGCCUUGCUUUUUUUCUGUAUUCCCCUAAAGAGUCCAACAACAGAUGGCGACGCUAUCUUUUCUUUGUCCCCACCAAGAAAGGAAAAGAAGAGAAAAAGAAAGAGACUUUUUGAUUGACAAUCACCGUCACGUUGCUUUUGUUUGUGUACACAAGCGCAGGCCACUUCCUCAACGCAAUUAAGCCCCUUUCACGCGGUGCUCAUGCGAAAUGGCUGCGUCAGUUAUUCCCCUUUCACACAGAACACGGCGAAGGGCCCCGUCGGCGCGGUUGUUGUCGUGAGUGUCGGGUGUUCGACUUUACACCCCGUGUUGCAGAAUCGCCUCACACGCACGCAGCCGUCGUUCAGCGUCCGAUGCGACCCGCUACGACGGAAAAUUCCGAGGUCGUCGUCUGGAUUUGAUGUGCAGCGUGAAAGGGGCUAUCGUCCAUCAAAUCCGACUUGUGUCCUGCGGGAAAGGCAGCGACGCACAAUGGCGGGGACGUUAAUACGGAAUUUUUAUUUAUUUAUUUUUUAACCGUACAGCGGCGCCUUGAGAUAUGAGUGACCCGACUUGCGAGUUUUUCGAGAUAUGAGCCGUGGUUCGGCUGAUUUUUGUUUGCUUUGACUUGCGGGCGCAAACGUGAUGUUUGAGCAUGACGGUGAAGUCAACGGACUUCACUACAACUUGGCAAAUAGUCAACAAUUCAUCCAAAAAGAGGCUUCAGGCUGUUAAAUAAGAUAAGAUAUGAUAUGAUAUGAUAUGAUAUGAUAUUAGUCCCACAAUGGGAAAUUUGCAAUUAAAUAAAACAAAAGAGAAUUACAAGUUUGGACAUGUUUGUAUUUCGAACAACCAAAUGACAUUGAGUUAAGGAUGGCCCUUUGGCCUCCUGCUAACACAUAAUGGACAACGCCAUCGACAUGCUAACAGUUAGCAUUGAUAAAUGCCGUUUUAGAACCCUUUAAGCAAUGGAUGGUUGAACACAAACGGUGGAACAACACAUGUAGACAGGUGACAUAACAAUACUCACAGGCGUAUCUUCUUCAUCCUUUACGAGAAAUUGCUUACGGAGUCAUUUACAGUCGUAGUAGAAGUACAACUAUUCUUGUUGGUUUGUGUCUGCGUGACUGUAUUAUACAUUACCGCCUCCCGGUGGCCAAGGCGGGCUCACCAGAUAGGGCGGCACGAUGAAUCGAAUAGUACCAUUAUGCGCAAACUGUUCUUUCUUUACAUUCUACGUAUUCGGAAUUUGCGCUGAGGUAUAAUACGGACCCCAGAGUUGCUGGUAUCUAUGCUCAAAAAUUGAAGUCUUAUUCUCGUAGUAAUUUGUAUUUUCCAAGGUUUUUCAAAGGGAUGUUAAAGUUCUCUCAAGUAAGCGGAAAUGCUUUCCUUUACGCAUGCGCCAAACAAGAACGAAAGCAGAAAAUACUUUCCUUGCUUUGCUGAUACUUCCGUCUACAGAAGGAACUGAGGAAUUACAAUUUUACACGUGCACAAGCUAUAUGACAAAUUCACUGGUGAGCCUUUCUGCCAUUUCGUGAACUAAGACGCUAAAUCCGACGCCAUGUUACUUCAACCAACGCGUCGGUACCGCUAUAUACGGCAUACGAUGUAAUAUCGCUAAGAGGUAGACGGGGGAACAGGGAAGUUUGUUGGGUUGGUUUUCAUCGGCUUAAAGCUGAGUAAUAAUUGGGUUAUUUUUCUUACACCUCUGUAUAAUGCGCACCAUUUAAUGAUAUGUUUAGCAUAAAACGUGUAUUAUACACAAGACCCUAUGGUAAUUAUGCUAUUCGUGUUUUUAUAAAGUACAAUAUUAUGGAGUUCUUUUUCCCGAACAAAAUGUUUUGCUUUUGUGGGGGUUGGAACGGAUUGAUGGCGUUUCCAUUUGUUUCACUGGGGAAAGUUGAUCUGAAUUGGACUCGUAUCUCAAGGCACCACUGUAUUGUUGGUGACUUCUGGAAAGAAGUCGGCAGUUACGGCGUUAGAUGUGGGCCACGCUUACACACUGGGAACUGGAAAUACUGAGCAUCAAAAUGUGUCGUGUGGUUUUUUUUUGUUUGUUUGUUUUUUUUAGAACAAUCCUUUUUUUCUGUAAAAAGUUUCAUUUUCCCUCGGUUUUUCUCCACUCGCUGGCUCAAACCGUUUUGGCUCUCUCUCGUUGUCAACCACGCAUCCCUCAACACGUUUGGCCUUCUUUCCAGAAUUUGCCCUGCUCCGCCACUGCCGAUUGGUUCACAAUUGUGGCACAUUUGUGACACUGUCAGGAAGGGCAAACGGGAUUGCCAGCCAGUGUGCCGCGGGAAAAUGAUCAAAUCUCACUUAAUUGGUCAUAAAAUGAAUUAUUUCCACAAAGUACAUAAUAGACGUGCGUAUCCGCUUUUUGCUACUUCUUUGUUUGGUGAGAGUUUUCUAAUGUAGAGUAUGUGCCUCGGCUCAAUCUUGAAUGGUUUACAGCGAGACUGAGGCGAUGCGCAAGCGUGGAAAAACACAGGGGAAAAUAUCACUUUUACACAAAAUAGAGUUGUGAGUUUUUCCCCAAAACACAUUUUUGUGCGCACAAAACACGCUUUUUCUGUGCUCAAAGUUUCCUGUUCCGAACGGCUAAUUGUGGUACAAAUCCAGCGUAAUAGGCAGAAGAGUCGUCUUUUCACGGGUGCCUGUGCUGCGGGAAAGGCACGGACACAGAAUGUCGUGUUGUUCAAUCGUUCUGGGGGGGAAAAGGUUGGAAAAUUUGCAAGUCGACUCCCGAGGUGGCGGUGUCGUCGUAAAAGGGGCUAGCGUCCGUCCGAGUGCGCUUUUCCCGAGCUUUGUUUCCCUGGAUGGCCGCCCCGCGAAAGGCGCCGGGCAGGGACGCGAAGUGUGGCUCCGACAGUCGCUUCUCUCGCUGAUGUCGUCCAAUUAUGACAUCCUGUUGUUGUGUGAACGGCGAAUAAAUGCCAAAUCAACUCCGAUAGGCGCAUUUUGUGUCAACUCUGCGUAAAAGGGGCCGAUGCGUGAAAGGAUUUGGAACGAUGGCCUCAAAAAGGAAUGUGGAUUUGUACUUUUUUUUUUUUUCUUCCAAGAAUCCCGCCAGGAAUUCCUCCAGCCCCCUUGCUGGACCUUAUUUCAACAUCUAUUUUGCACGAUAUGUCCGAAACCACAAUAUGUGCCUUGCCUUCAGUUCAACGACAAUAAUAAUAACAAUAACGAUGACACAUUUUGGAAACGUAACAAUACUUUUCAUGGUACCGCUUCAAGAAAACAAAACAAAAAAAGUUGCAUGCGGGAUUGCUUGACGCUAACUAGCCUAGCGGCUACACACUUUUGCGUUGGCGGUGUCUGCUGCAGGCUCAUUUAUAUGCACUAAAAUUCAUAUUUAAACUGUCCUUAUACAGUGAACCACAGUUUAUCACGUGAGGUACGUUCCAGGCUAAAAAUGAGCAAUAUAGAGAGAGAUCAUGUCAACAUAAAUUGAAAACAGUUUUAACCCUACCACACGCUUUAAACACAUUUAAAGUUAUGAAAACACACUUUGGAAAGUAUUCCUUGCAGCCUGUUUUUACUCUGUCGCUCGUAUGACAUCACUUUGAGGAAAUCAAAAGAUUUGCUUCAAGCCAUUUAUUUGUCACGCCCAGUUGAAGUGGAUGAUAACAAACACGUGAAAGAAAACAGUAUUUCAACACUAAAACCUUCGACCAAUCCCUAUUAUUAGAAAAGGUUUGGUAGCUUCAUGCUCACAUGUAAUGUGAAAUGCCAUCGACAGGCUAAUGGAAAUAAGCAAAGAUGCAUAGAAAAAUCCGCAGCAGUGUCGGCGCAAAAGCUGAAAGGCGAUAAAAGCGGCUUUCACUGCGCAGUAGAAACCGUCCUCACGCUUCCGAGCGGCUCUUGCGUUGAGCAGGGAAUCCACCGGGGGGCGCCACUCUCAAACAAAAAUCUCUCCAUCCAUUUAUUUUCGGGUCGGGGUCGCGGGCGUGCCGGAGCCUAUCCCGGAUAUCAUCGGGCGAGAGGCGGGGUACGCCCUGAACCGGUCGCCAGCCAAUCGCUGGGCACAUAGAAACAAACAAACCAUUCGCACCUACGGGCAAUUUAGAGUCUUCGAUCAACCCACCCCGCAUGUUUUUAGGAUGUGGGAGGAAAGCGGAGUGCCCGCAGAAAAGCCACGCAGGCACGAGGAGAACAUACAAACGCCGCACGGUCGAGGCCGGGAUUUGAACCCGCAACCUCAGAACUGGGAGGCAGAAAUGCUAACCGUCCCGCCCCCAAACAAAAAUGCUCGCAGUUAAAUGGCGGCACCAGGAGUCUUGUUGGCUGUGGAAGACGGUUCACCUUGAAUCCAAAAGGUUUCUUCCCUUGUAAAUGUUGGCUAGUGACAUCUGUCCCCCAAAGAUUGCGGGAAAGUUAACGGGUGAACGACCGGUUGCGCUCCUAAACCAGACACGGCUGGCAACAGCAACCGCCACCGCGUGCCCGCCGCCAGGGGGCACACCCACCAGAGACACGACUAGCAACUGACCAGGUCAGCAGUUGACCAAUCCUCUCACCGACCAAUUCAUUGAUCAACCGACCGACCAAUUGACCAACGUACAAACGAAGCAGACAUCCAAUUCGUUGACUAAUUAACUAACCAACCAAUCAAUUGACAGACCUACCGGCCAAGAUCGAGAAGUGAAGAAGCCUUUUGGAUCCAUGGUGAACCGUCCGUCAACUUGUUGUCGGCUCAAUGCCGCGCCCGUGACUUCCCGGUGGUACUGCAACAUUUGGAAUCCGGAAGCUUUCGUGACACGGACAAAACCGAGCCUAUCUCACGUGGCGUACGAGUGAGCCUUUCGCCGUCGGUUAGCUCGCUUUAUCAGACGGACGGCUUGACACGCGAUUAGCUUAGCCCGGCGCUAACACUACGACAGACGACCGGCAUAUUUGUUGCGCUUCAUACUCCAGACAGCAGGGGGGCGCCGCUGCCCGCGGGCAAAGCAUGCUGCUGUUAGCUUAGCUAAGCCAAACUAAGCUAAGUGACGAAUAACGGCAUGGGCCUUAGCUCUGAUUGGCUGUUUGAACACCGUCCGCUUUUCAACCGGCUUGAUUUCUACAGCCAUAAUAAUCAUUUGAAACUAUUUUUUAAUUUUGCACGUAUGUUUAUUAAGCUUAUUCUGUCAUUGAAACACACGAGCGUGUCUAAAUACUUUGAAUGUAUACGAAACGUUUGACUGGUGGCCGAGCCACACGCGCACACAGACACGCACGAUGUGAUGCUAAUGAUGCUAAAGCUAACCUCCGUCAGGAGGACAAACUCGUUUGCACAGCGGAAAAGGGGAUGACGUGAAUGUGAAGAAAUCGGAGAGAGGAAGAGCACAGCAACAGCAAAAGCGAAAAGACCGCAGCCGCCGUUUUGAUUCCCUCAAAGCAAAGCGGACGAUCGUGUUCAUUUGGCCAGAAUGCGCUUCAUUUGCCUUUUGCGACGCCAUCUUAUAUGACGCGUUCUUAACCGUCGUGUUUAGUACAGAAGGGAACCAAGGAAGGAAGCGGCCGUGCGAAACCAAAAAAGCAAGAUUGUAUUUGGAUGAAAAACAUUUGGAAGUGGACUAGAUGAAACGCACUUCACACACAUUCAAAGCUGUGUCCUCGUUUGUUGAAGCAGUUUAGUUUGUUGUGUUUAUUUUUUCUGCUCUGACAUUUUGUGGGAAAACGACGCACGUGGCAAGGAAACGAUGCAAACGGGUUAGCCGUUAGCCAAUUUUGAGUCUUCAAUUAACGUAGCACGCAUGUUCUUGGGAUGUGGGAGGAAAGCGGAGUUCCCGGAGAAAAGCCACGCAGGCACGGGGAGAACAUGCGAACUCCACACAGGCGGGGCCGGGAUUUGAACCCCGGUCCCCAGAACUGUGAGGCGGAUGUGCUAACCAGUUAACCGUUUUUAUUUAAUUGACACAUUCUAUCGACAUUUUAUCAUGAAUUAGAAAAUGGAAAUGAAAUGAAAGAACUUGCACUCAUUAUUCUUUUGUUCUACAUGUUGAUGCGACAUAUUGAUCACAAUAAUGUUGUCCAUAGUGGAGGAUGUCAAUUUUGUUCUUCAUUCCUAAAGAAGCGAUUACUCAACAAUCGAUUCAUCGGAAUGAUCCGUUAUUAUGUCCAUGGCAACAACCGUAACGGUUGUUAGCGUUUUGGGUCCUAACCAUUUUUAAUCAGGCAAUAUGCGUGUCCACAUCUACAAUCGGUCCUCAGCAUUGUUUCCGCGCUACUACAUGCUAAGCAUGUAGCGCUGACGAACGUAUUUCUCCGAGAGUUUCUGGUUAGCUUCUCAUUGGCGAGUUUCAACACAAAAUAUUAAACGUGUGCGUGUGCGUGCGCGUGCGGCUGUGAAACGAGCGUCAGAUUCGGGAGGGCAAAAAGACAAACCCAAAACGAUUCCGGUUGGUCCUCAUUGAAUGUUUUAAUUUGGAUUUGUUUUGAAGGCUUUUCUUUGGCGUGCUUGCAUUGCAGACGUGCAUCAUGCCGUGCUGCUUUUCGCACUGUGCAAUAGCAACAGUUCACAAUGAGAGCAAAAACAGAAAAGGCAAACGAGCGCCGAGGGCCAAAAGGGCUGCAGCUUCGCCGCUUUUUUUUAUCCAACAAAAACAAACGCAAAACAAAGUUCAUAUUCAACCUUUAUUUGCAUGACGUGUCAAUUGUAAGAAGAGGAAGUGACGUGUUUGGACUUCCUGUCAUGUGAUGAUGAUGAUGAUGAUGAUAAUGAUGUCAUUAGAACAUGUACAGUACUCGCAUUCAGCCAAUGCUGAUGGAUUCUUUACUUUAAGUAUGACUGCCUAUGCAAAAAUAAAGCAUCAAUAAAGAAGCUAUAUCCCAUUG